CUCGCCUCGUUCUGGGGAUAAUGCCACCAGGUCUUCGCGGUGCCAUGUUUGCUGUCAUGAUGGCGGCCUUGAUGAGCGAUCUCACGUCUAUAUUUAACAGUUCAAGCACGAUAUUCACACUUGAUAUCUACAGCAGAAUACGCCAGAAAGCGAGUACCAGAGAGUUGAUGAUUGUUGGACGGUAGGUAGUCGUAUAUCUCAAAUUCAUGCACAAUUAAUGGGCGGUAAACAAAGGGAAUCCCAACUAUGACGGCAGUUGGAUAUGUGAUCUUAAUCAGCAUAGAAUUCCCUCAAACUUAAAUUUCUCUUAAAAUUCUGAUUCAUUUGUGAAUUUGAGAUGUAAUAUAUCAAAUUCAACUAAGAGGACUUUACCAGAUAUCCAGUAAAGUCCUCUUAUAGUUGGAUUUGAUAUAUUACAUCUCAAACAUGGUGGUCCAAUGCAAGCAGUAUAGUUGUUCAGACACAGACCAUGGACACAGAGGGUAACUAAAGAACUUUGUAUUAUAAUUCUUUGCAGUAUUUGGGUAGUGGUCAUGUGCGGUGUGAGUAUUCUAUGGAUACCUGUGGUAGAACGGUUUCAAGGUGGUCAAAUGUUCCUAUAUAUCCAGGCUAUAUCCUCGUACCUCGCUCCACCCAUAUGUGCUCUCUAUCUGCUGGCUAUCUUGUGGAAACGUGUCAAUGAAUUUGUAAGUCGUUACAAGUAACGCAACUUUUUAGCCUAGUACAGGACUCGCCCAUUCAACAGAGCCUUCCAUGAGGUUGCCAACAUAUGACAACCUUUUGUAGCUGGAAAUCUUAGUUCUGUCAAUUGUUUUGCAAUAUAUUUCAUGCAAUAUGUAGCUUUAUUUUUAGCCUACCAAUGCUUUCAUGGUUGAAAAAUUAUUAUGACAGCUUUUUUACACAGUUAUUCAGUUAUCAUUCAAAGACUUCCUUUCAAAACUUUCCCCUUACUGUCCGUCACUUUUCUGAAGUUAACAACCAUCUGCUGAAUACGCCAACAGCAUAUUUCGCAGUACUUAAUACUUAAAGCCCAUUUUUGACUUGCAAUUUUUGCUGAGAUUUUAGGUGCUAUUUUCUUCUUGUGAAGGAUGCGAACAAGUGGAUGAAUUAUGAAAGUUCAUAUGGGGGUACACCUAUUCAGAACAUUCAUAAUUCAUCUACUCCUUCACAUGCAUCAGAAGAAGAAUCGAAGCAAGAAUGACAAGUGUAAACACGGACCUGAAAGGCACAGUUCAGCCUUUUGAACGAUGUUUUUUUAAGGCGCAUUUCAGCUCUUUUAAUUGAAAAAACUAACUAGGAAAAUCAAUUAAGCAUAAUUGAAGAUCACCAAACUCAAUGUUUUUACCAUUUUAAAACAUUUUUAUUGUUAAAAACAUCGAGUUUACUGAUUUUGAAUUAUGCUUAAUUGAUUUUCCUAGUUAGUUUUUUCAAUAGACAACUUGCAUGUUAGACAAAUUUUUGAUCUAACCGAUCUAGGCAAAAAAAAAGUAAAUUCCCGUUAAGAACUUAUUAAAAUUAGUAAACUUGCAAAAUUUGGUUGCGAAAUGUUGUAAAGCUUGGAAAAUAUAGCCUUGCAAAGUUUGCAUAUUUUCAGUAUAUUUGUAUUACGUGCGGAAAUUGUUACCAUUUUUGAGCCGAAAAUGGUAACAAUUUCCGCUCGUAAUGAAAUAUACUGAAAAUAUGCAAACUUUGCAAGGCUAUAUUUUCCAAGCUUUACAACAUUUCGCAGCCAAAUUUUGCACUUUUACUAAUUUCAGUAUGUUCUUUUUACCUGUGGUGUUUGAUUCCCUUUUCUAUGCUUAGAUUAAAAUUUAGUCUAACAUGCAAGUUGUCCAUUAAAAGACUGAAAUGCGCCUUAAAAACCAUCAUUCAAAAGGCUGAACUGUGUCUUUAACUCUACUUAUAUGAGUUCUCUUUGAACUUUCUAUAACAUUUGGUCAAUUUCUACAAGUGCUAAACAAAAGAAAAAUAUUAAAUUUUAUUGCAAUCGAUUUCAGGGUGCAUUCUAUGGUAUGAUGAUAGGAUUUGCACUUGGCAUUUCUCGAAUGAUAUGUGAUUUUGCUUUCCCUCAACCAAAAUGUGGCGAUGCUGACACAAGGCCUGGUUAUGUCAAAUUAAACUUCAUGUAUUUUGCUCUUAUUAUGUUUGUUGUCACGACUGUUUGCAUUGUCGUGCUCUCAUUCUUUGGCGAGGAGUCUGAACCCGAAAAGGUAUGUACGCCAACGCUGAUUGGCCAGUUUUGUUCCUACAUGCGCGGUGAUUGGUCAAUUUUUAUAUGUGGAACACAAAGAUUUUCCCGCCACAACAGUUUUUAAAGUUUCCGAAAAUAAAGCUUGUCUAUGAAAACAGCGGAAAUGUGGAAUUAAAGGAUUGGCAAUUCUUUAAUUUUUUGAUGUUUUGCGUUCUUGUUUGAAUCUGGAAACUCAAGAUACUUCGUCAGGUUAUUGGUGGUUGGGCUGUAGUACUUUCCAGGUAAUUCAGACACAAACCACGAUUAAUCAAUGCAUGUAAAAUACUACCUACAUUGGAUUGCUUGAGAAGUAUUUUUAAUCGUUUUCAGGUAGUUCAACACAAACCACGACAUCUUAAUGUAGGACGUUGCUUAUACUUGACUUCCAUAGCAAAAAAUAGAGUACGUUGUCCUGUUUUAGAUAUCUCGUCUCACAUACUGGACUCGCUUUGAUGCUGUGGAUGAAUCAAGUGUUGUUCCCAAUAAAACCGAGUCCUUUGAAAUGGUUAACAAAGUCGAGGAAAAACCGGACAAAAAUGAAAAUGAGGAAAUGAAAAUUGAGGACGUUGACGUGGUAACAGAAGGUAAUGACCACUGCUCUGGUAAUAACAUUGUUUAGUUUCCCUUUUACUGUUUAUAAGAUGUUAGUAGCAUUGUAGUUAGUGCAUGUCCCUCGUACGUGACACGGGGGUUCCAUUUUGAAAAUGCAGUUUUGCUUCAGUCACAUGCGAGAGGAGUGGUUUCCAAUAUGACUUUAUACCGUUUCUAAUAAAGUUAGUUUAGUUUAGUUUUCUUCCUGUAGUACCUAGGAAGAACAGUUUAGAAAUGAUAGAUCUGUCUAGUAUAAAUGAAGUUAUUUUAGGCUAGGUUACUUCCUGUAGUAACACUGGAUCAAUGAGAGAUGUCCCUUACUGGACUUCUGUGCACAACAGUUUAGAAAUGAUAGAGCGGUCUAGUAUAAAUAAAGUUAGUUUAGUUUAGUUUUCUUCCUGUAGUAACACUGAAUCAACAAGGGAUGACCUUACUGGACCCCUAAGAAGAACAAUUUAGAACUGAUAGAGAUAUCUAGUAUAAAUAAAGUUAGUUUAGUCUAGGUUUCCUCCUGUAGUGAACACUGGAUCAAUAAGAGAUGACCCUUUAGAACAGAUAUAGAUUUAUCCAGUUAAUUUACAGUUUGUAAAGUUUUAAGGCAUCGCCAAUGAUUAACUCAUUUUCAGGCAAUGACGACAGUAUGUGUAGAAAGGCGUACAAAUGGUUAUGUGGUCUGGAAGUUGGCCAUCAGGAUGCUGUAAAUGCGGAACAACUACAGCAAGAAAGGAUCAAGAAAUCGAGCAGUCUGAAACAGAAUCCUCGCAUCAGUUUGAUCUUGAAUAUUAAUCUAGGUAUCAUCUUCUCAGUAGGCUUGUUUCUGUACGUCUAUUUUACCUUUCACCGCGCAUAAUCCCGAGUUUAGACACACUUAUAGGUCAUACAUAAAUAUAAUAAAUACACAUUUUAGUUAACCUUUUAAUAAAUUGGAAUAGGGAAAAUUUUCAUAUACACAACAUUUUGUAUUUUUUGCACAUGCAUAUAUAUUUUUAUUCGCGUAAUUAUAUAUUUGUAAAUUAUGUUGAAUUUCUGUUAGUUGAUUAUUAUUUUGCUAUUGCUAUUUUAUUGCUUUUAAAAUAUAAACAAAAUAAGUAUUCUUUUUUUGUCUGCUAGUAUAUAUUUUUGUACACGUUAUUAAAUUUAGGGUCAUUUUCGACAACCUCCAUCCCUAUCCUAAUUCUAACCCCGACCACUGAAAAAUUUUUAUUCUGUGCCUUGCCAUGAUUUGAUCCUUGCAUUAAUUCAUUAACUGUGAUUAAUUCUAACAUAACCCAAACCUAAAAUUUAAUCCUUACCUAAUCCUGACCCCAAUUUUAACUCUAAUAUUAACCUUUUGAUAUUAUUUUGAGAUAGUAUAAUUAUGGCCAGUUACCCAAAAUCACAGAAAAAUCUUUAUUCUAUGCCCAAAAUUAUAAUUUAGCUUAGGAUUAGGAUUAAGAUAAGGAUUAGCAGCAUGUAGUGCACAGUAGCUUUUACUGUAAGAAUAGGUUUAAAACAUGAUUAGGAUUGCGAGUUAGGAUUAUUAGGUUCAGAUUAGUUUUCAUUGAUCCAAUUCAAGGGUUCGCAGAACUCUGGUCCACUACAUGAAAAACUAAAUGAAGUACUGGCAUCGAAGGUACAAGAAGUUCAGGCGCAGAAUUUUGAAAAAAUGGUGGAAAUUUACGACUCGCAUUUAGUUUUGGGUACUUUGGCGUUCUUGUGGCUCGUUUAUUUGUGGGAAAGUUACUUAUUAAAACGACAGGUAUAAAACUGCGUAUUCUCAGCUAUAAAAUGAAUGUAAAUUGUGGCAAGAAAGUUGUAUUUAUCUUAUUUUAAUUUCCCAUGUCUUACCACGUGUGUUAGAAGUGCGGAAGCGAGGAUUUUCAACUUUUUCCUGUAAAACUUGUACCAGUAGUUGAUUUUGUUCAUUAAUAUUCAUUUUGUUUAAUGCAUGGACAUUCCCUAGUUCACUUAUCGAUAGACUUUAAUAAACUUUAGCAGAAAUAUUAACAAUUGAUAGGCAGAACAAAACUGCUUACGCAGCUGUUCCGCCCACAACCCACUCGUUCAAAUUGCCGAACUUUGGCACCACCAGAGGGUCUGUUUUCUUAAAAAUUUUCCUCUUGUUCCCUUUAAAAAUUUCAUUUAUUGUAGAAUACACCUACACUUGUCCCCAUAUUCAAUAAUAAUGGCAAUGAAUAAUAUAAAGAAAGAUAAAAUAAUCAGAGUGCUGCACUGGAAUUUAUAGUGCAAAGCUAUGAUUGCUUCAGGACUGUUGGAUUACUGCUUUGUUGAAAUUCACAUAAUUAUACAAAAACUCUUCCACGAAAUGAUUAUGUUUUGAAAAUGAUUAAUUGUUGAGAAGUUAUACCCUAUUCCUAUAAAGUGAACAAAUACAAUAUAAGAAUAAAGUACAUAAUAAUUACAGUAUAAAGUGAAAAAAGACAAGACAAGUAAAAGUGUAUAUGUAUUUUGUAGUGCAAUGUUUUAAAGACCACAGAUGAGAUACCAAUAGAACUACGACAUGUUCUUGACAAGGAAACAUUUGAGAAGUCAAGGCUGUAUCAAAUGGAUUCCAAGAACUUUGGUUUUUGGAACUCAAUGUAUUCCCAAAUUGAGACCACGGUGAGUAGCAGAUGGCUUGUAACAGCCAGUAAGCAUGUCAUUAAGUGACGAGGGGCAUAUCCACAGGGGAAUGGGUGGUCCAGACUACAUCCCACCUCCCAAAAGCUUGGGUUUUAGUCUCUGCCCUACUGUCGCCACUUCUAUGUAUUAUGUUUUUAAAAGAAUAUUCUAAACUUUUUCUUGUGUUUGGCUUGAAGUACAUUCAUUAUUUUUUUAUAUUAUUAGUUGGUGUUGCUUUUUGGAGGUAUUCCAUUAUUAUGGUGGCUAGCUGGCAAGGUCUUGCACCGUUUUGGAUAUGAUGAAAGUUAUGAGGUAACCAAGUGCCUUAGCAGUUUCAGGUUUGAGUAUCAGUCAUAAGGACAAAAUAUAGAGACAGACACUAAUUUCCUAGCAAUUUAAAAAGACAGAAAUUGGCUGAAAAUUGCAAGUAACGAGGGUCACGUUUUUGAUGUAGUUAUUGGUAAAAGGGAAAGGUUUCAAAAUUUUGAGAUAACCUCUAAUCUUGAACAAACUUCAAUGUCUAAAAGAUUUUCAGAUGUACAGUAAAUGCAUCCUCAUCCAAGCUCAUCAAUAGCCUGCGAACAGGCUCUCAAGCUGAAUUGAGAGCCUGCAUCGAUGACUAAUGAAUUUGAAUAUCUGCGUCUCAAAUCGUGACGUGAAAUUCUCAUUGGUCAGAUGCUAUAAUUUAUAUGUUUCCGCCGAGCUCUAUAUAUGUCAACUGCUGAAGCACUAUGCAUAAAAAACACAUUAACUGAUCAAAUUGGUCUUGACCAUCUUAUCUCAAAGCACGAAAUGUUCUAUUUUGAGAAAACAGUAUUUAAAACAUUUGAACUUUUGCUUCAAUAUCUUAUAUUUCGAAAAACAGUAUAAACUGUACGGUUUAAAUUUAGUUUGCACGGUCUAAAUUUAGUUUGCACGAAAGUUGUAAACAACACCAUAUAAGGAUAUACAUUCCAUAUUUGGAAAAACGAACGUUACGGGGCAGAUAUUCAAAUUCAUUAGUCAUCGAUGCAGGCUCUCAAUUCAGCUUGAGAGCCUGUUCGCAGGCUAGCUCAUCAAUUGCAAAAUGCUCAUUCUAGAUUUUACAGUCUAUGGUCUUUGCCAUCCUUGGAUCUAUAUAUAGUUUGAUAACUGGAAUACCAUGGGCUAUUUAUAGCACAUUUGUUAUUGAAGAACGACAUGGAUUUAAUAAACAGGUAAUGAAAAUAUCCAUUAACUCAAUUUCGAAAAAAUACAAGGAGAUCAAAAUUCCAAAUACCAAAUUUCUCCUUGUAUUUUUCAGGUAAUUGCAUCCCUAUCAAUGAAAGUUUUGUAAUUUAUGAUAAUCCUUGAUUUUGACAAUAAUAUAAUCAUAUAAAAUUAUUCUCUCCCAGACAUUUGGUUUCUUUGUCAAAGACACAAUAAAGAAAUUCAUAGUGAGUAUGAUCAUUGGUCUUCCCAUCAUGGCUGGCUUGAUCUAUAUCAUUAAGUGGGGAGGUGAUUAUUUCUUUGUUUACUGCUGGAUAUUUACUUUACUAAUCUCACUGGUAAGUUUUUUAUUUUGUUUUUUACAACUCUCUGGUUUCAUUUGUAUUUUAGUCAUGACUAAAUUACAGUAACUGAAAUAUAACUAGCAUAAUUUAGAACAUGUUAAUGUGAACAAAAUGUAGUUGAAAACAUAGGGGACUGUUUAAAAAACAGUAUAAACUAUAUUUAAUAUGUACCUACAUUCAUGUACCUACAUACAUGCAUUAAUCUACCCGUCGAAGACUGCAGACUGACAGUCGAAAGCUUGUAAUAAAUAAAUCUUUUUAACCAGAGAAUGUUUACACAAUUAAUUAUGAAUCCUUGUUUUGCUUCCAACAUUUUAAAAUAUAUUCAUGUACCAUUAUCUAGAUUACAUUUACAGCAGCAGUAUCUGCUUACAAUGUUUCAGUAAUGUUUUUUUAUUGACAAUCUACUCACACAUUUUCAAUUGAUAAUUUAGUUUCUUUUGACUAUCUACAUGGACUACAUUGCUCCACUGUUUGAUAAGUUCACCCCAGUCCCUGAGGGAGAGCUACGGACAGCUAUCGAGAUGUUAGCACAACGUAUUGACUUCCCGUUAACAAAGCUACUAGUAGUUGAAGGUUCCAAACGUUCGUCACAUAGCAACGCUUACUUCUAUGGCUUCUACAAAAACAAGAAGAUUGUGCUGUUUGAUACAUUGUUGUCCGAGGGUGUGAUGCCAAAGAAAGAAGAGGAAGGGACAGAGGAGGUGACAGAAGGUGGUAAUGAAGAGCAAGGCAGAGAUGAUGGUGGGGUAGAUGAUGGUAAUGAAGAACAGAAUGUACAGUCAAGUAUGGACAAUGGGGAGCAGCCUGAGACUGGUGAAGAAGUGAAGGCAGAUGAGGUAGGUAUUCAGGUUUUGGAGUCACAUGGGAAUGUUAAAAAUAAAUCACACAACAUGGGUGGCAGCUCUGAAUACCAGAGCAAGGCACAGUUGUCUGAAUUUGUCGGAAAUUUAUAUCAAGCAUGGUUAAUAGAAGAGAUCAAUUGGAGCUCCCCCCAUUAGCAAGUAAAGUUACAACAUUCAGUUGACAGAUUUUUAUUUUGGCUUUAAUGAUUUGCGAUCCAAAUGGCAAACAUUACAUGAUCCAAUGGGACCCUGUUAUUGGAGAUUGCCUCUGUGGUCACUCCCUGCCUGUGUUGUAUGUAAAUUUUGUCUAGUCUAAUUUAUGUCUAUGUUUGGCAAAUCUUGUAAAUAAAUAAAUCAAUAAAUAAACAAUGUUGUCCCUAUAGUUUUCUUACUGUGAUUCCAUUAGGUUAGAGUUUAUCCUAUAACUGCAUGUGUCCUAAUGAAUUCCAGUGAAUGAGAUAAGAGUACCUGUAUGUGCCUUGGUGGUAUAAGACAACAACUUGGACCAGGUAAAUGUACCCUUAACGUACCUAUUCGUAUGUUUUAAGAAAACAACAGCGGAGAAUAAAGAAGAGAAGAAAACGAAAAGACUUGGAUGUACAAACCGGGAAGUAUUGGCUGUGUUAUCUCAUGAAAUGGGACAUUGGAAACUGAAUCAUACUGUGAAGAACUUAAUUAUCAGUCAAGUGAGUCACAAUAGAUUUUUUAUUGCCCGAUUUUAUUGCCUUUGGUAUAUAGCUGGUUAAUUUGAUGGAAUUGCAAAAUUUGGUUGAUAUCAUGAAAUAUAUUCAGGGUUUUUUCAGGGAUUUUUUAGGGCCAUCAAUGGCCCCAAAAACUCAAUCUUGAAUUGAGUUUUGAAACUCGAUCUUCUCACCAAAGUUUCAGUGCAGUAAAAAUGAAAUUGUUUGAGUUAAAUUCGUGAUGUGUGGAAAUUAGUUUUCAGUUGGAAACCCGACAAUUAAAGAAAAAAUGGCUGGAAUUCAUCUCACAACACAAGAAAAACUAUGCAUUCGCCAUCUUUAACCAGUUUAUAGUGUCCCUCAGUGCCCCUGCUUUAACACAUUCCGUCUCAACUACAUUUAUUGAGUACAAGUGUCAGCCCCCCGGUAGGGGGGGGGGGGCAAGCAUGGCCCCCAGCUGUUCAGCUAAACUCAAUCUUCUCUGCAAAAACGGACCCAAGAGAAAAUCCGGAAAAAACCCUGAUAUUAUCAUUAUUUUCUUCCUCUGAUAACUGCAGAUUUACCACCAUUUGCUGCACGACAGUGCUUAGUGAAACCCAACUGUGUAUGUUUUAUUGAAACAUGGAAUUGGCUUUGAUAAGCCUGUGUAUUAAUUGUUCUGUUUAUUGUGAUAGAAAGUGUUUAUUAUUUCUUUGCUUGUAGUUCAACACAUUGUUUUGUUUCAUGGUGUUUGGUUUUCUUGUUCAUUGGAAGGUGUUGUUCGCCAGUUUUGGUUUCGCCUCAAGUCAGCCGACCUUGAUUGGUUUACUGAUUGUUUUUCAGUUUAUAUUUUCUCCUUAUAACGAGGUAUGUCUACGCUUCUACACCUCUUAAUUCUAACAGCUUUCGCUUCUAACUUGUAUUAGGGGCAGAUUUUCAGAUUCGGCCGUCUGCUUGUGCUGGAAUUCUUUUAGCGGAAUUUUAUUAGGUAUUUUUCGGUGAUUUUAGUGGUCAAAAGCUAGGUAGUGUUGGGACACUAUAUACACAGGUAUGUUUUGCCAUAAUAAAUUUAGUGAUUGGAUGGGGUGAAGAUCAAACAGAACUAUUCUUGUGCGAGAAACAUAAGGAUGUUGCCAAGAAAUCUUUUCCUAUCUUUGACAAUAAAUUUCUCUUGCAGUUGUUAGGUUUUCUCAUGACCGUCCUCAGCCGUCGUUUCGAGUUUCAAGCGGAUAGAUUUGGAAAGGAUCUUGGUUAUGCUUACCCACUGGAGUCCGCGUUGAUCAAACUGCACAAGGAUAACCUUGGAUUUCCUGUUGCAGAUAAGCUCUACUCCACCUACCAUUACUCCCAUCCUCCAAUCAUUGAGCGAAUACAGGCUCUGAGAGGGAAGAAAAACGACUAAGAGGUCUAGAUAGGGGGGGAGUUAGUUUUAACCCAAUCAAGCGAGGAUAAGAGUUAGGAGAAUUUCAUCUCGCGUGUGACCGCGAGCUCUCGUCGACUCUCAUGCAUUCUCGUCAACUUUGAGCUGAGCUUUUUUAGUUCAAAUUUUGAUGAGUCCAUGUUUGCUACACGUGGUAAUGACCACUCAUUAGACCUUAUGCAUAAUGACGUCACAAGGCUUGAUGCCCACGAGGAAUGCUGGUCUUAGUAGUCAUCGCCCGGGAAAAUUAAAUGGCCACUAUCGAAAUUUUCCCGGGCGAUGACUACUAAGACCAGCAUUCCUCGCGGGCAUCAGGCCUUGUGACGUCAUUAUGCAUAAGGUCUAUUCUCCAUCAAGUCGUCUUUAUUCUGUGAUCAAGUCUCAUGCAACCCUUGUUCUCUUUGAUCCGAGCAUGGGGAUUGAGAAAACUUUCAUGCAAACUCUCUACUGUCAUCAACUUUCAUUCUCGUUUGAUCAGGGCUUUAGUAAGAUUAGCUUUUAACGUUAUCUUUCUUUAUGAAAGCGUUUCAUUAAAAAGUUUCACUAAAACAGUACCACUUUCUAUCGCGUACAUGAAAAUAUCGGUUUGAUAUAUGGCGACACUCGUAAACAAUAUGGCGAACUGUUUUUAGAAGCCUGGUCAAGUUCACCUGGCAAAUAUCUAUAUAUUACUGCAAAGUCAAUAUGGCGGGCGGUAUGUUGAUAUUCAACAUGGCUAGUUCCUCGGGUAGAGGAGAACUGAUCACGUGAUCGGCUAGUUGUGUUGUUUGUGGCGUCAGAUAUAACCCUAUCUCUAAGCCUAAUCCUUAAUCUAACCCUAACCCUAACCUCAACACUAAUCACUAUAACCAACUGAUGACGUAAUCUGUGAUGCAAAUUCUUCUACCCGAGGAAGUACCCAAAAUGGGCUGUCACUGUUUCGGUUAGAGUGAAGUGUAGGAAAAGGGCACCAGCCGUAACUUUCGCCUGGUGUGAUAAUUCUCUGGUGGAAAACGGGGACAUGUUUUUACAUCCAGAGUCCCUUAAAUGACGGCUUCUUGGGUGGAACAUUUUAUACAAUUUUGGAUAUUAUAAACCAUACAAGACGUUAGUUUUUUAGUUUGGUCAGAAAAAAUUGUCUUGGUUCAAAGUGGCUUACAGUUUCCAGACAUACAGAAUGAAAGGUGCUGAAUUUAUUCAAGUGAUCAACUACACACAUAGGCAUUCUUCUGGAAACACAAGAAUCAAGAGGAAAAGAUCACUUUCCAGGUUUUAAAAUUUAUUUUACUAACUUUGAAUAUCACUGUCCAGGUUUUAAAGUUUAUUUUACUAACUUUGAAUAUCACUUUCCAGGUUUUAUAAUUUAUUUUACCAACUUUGUUUGAAUUUGUUUUGAUUCUAUAAAAUAAUUAAGCCCAUCCCGUGGUGGUAAACAUAUUCCCCGACUUAUUAUCUCCGUUGAUACUUUAUAUUUCAAUAUUUUCUACACUACUAAUUUUACAUACAAUGUUUAGAAUUGUUUAUUUAAUUUGUUUCCUCUAGUUUUCGCUUAUUUUUCUUGGGAUGUCUUGAUCGACUCUUGGCCUUACACAGUGGGCAUAUCGGAGCAUUUCUGUGUAUUUGCUGGUGGCAGGAGAGACACGAUUUCAUUGGUGGAGGCUGUUGUCUGAAUGGUCGGCCAUCCAGGGGGGUGAGAGGCUUGCUCACCAGUUGGUUGGCUGCUGCUGUUGCCGCCAUGAUUUGUGAAGCGACCGAGUGAGGUAAGAGGUCUGGCGGUGAGGGUAGCCAUGCCGGUGGGCUUCGGUUGUUGUUUAAAUAACUAUAAAAGAGAAGAGCGUUAAUUGUUAGGAGCAACUGCAGAUUUGAGAACAGUCGUAAUUUUCUCUUUCUAAAUCAAUAGGGAAUGGACCUUACAAAACCUCAAGGAGAACUGAUAGAGCUAUGCAGUAUAGAUAAAUUUAGUUUAGUUUAGGAUUUCUCCUGUAGUAACAGCUAGAUCAAUAAGGGGAUGACCCCUACUUUUGACCUUUAGAGAGUGUUAGAGCCGUAGAGAACACUUGCAAGUGAUGAACCAGGCGGGAAUCGUAAUCGUAGUAUAAAGAUUAAUGCCUAGCAUAACGUACGCAAAAGAGUCAUAUAGACAAUAAUAUAGACAUAAAAUUUAUUUGUCAUUUAUUUUGUAAUUUUUUAUUCGUCUUUAACUCUUUACUCUGAAGAUGUCUUAGGUUAAAGACGAAACGUUAGUACUUCUUAAAUAAAUUUUAUGUCUAUAUUAUUGUCUAUAUGGCUCUUUUGCGUACGUUAUGCUGGGCAUUAAUCUCCAUAGAGAACAACGAAAAAUUUUCUCGAACCUACAGCUGCGAUUCAGCUGCAUGCAUGCUAGGCUAGGGCAGCUUCUCAAUUUUAUUGUUGAUAGAUUUUACCAUGGAUCGCUUUUUUUUUAACUAUCCAUGGUUUUACGCAUGAGUCAGCACUCGGCUAGAAAUUGCGUUGCAAGUUGCAGCAGAAAUAGUCUCGUGCACCAUGGCCGUAGUGUAUAAAUAUGCUUACUCUUUCUUCAAUUUAUCCUCGUCAGGUAGACCAGGCAGUUUCACCAAACCCAGCGAGUCUCUCAUUUUAUCAAUUUCUUCUUUCAGUGGUGUGUAAUCCGCGUGAAGUCGGCGUACAUUCUCCAAACAGCGAUCCCUUGAUGUUUGCGAUUGUUUAAUGGUGCCUUCCAUCUGAGAAAAUAUAAAUAUGUGAGUAUAUUAUAGGGCUCUUGCAUAUAUGAGCCCAACUAACUGGAAAACUCCAAUGUGGCUUAAGAUACGCAUGUAAAAUGCACAUAUAUAAAAAUCAAUGUGUUAAUAUGAGAGAUUUCAUGGCUCGAUUUUCUUCUCAUGGAUGUAAACGAGUAGAUGAGUUACGAGUGUAUUAAGGCCAUGUUACACGGUGCAAUUUUGCAAUGCAAUUCUACUCUUGAGAGAUGUUAAUUAGUGAAAUCAGUGAAGAAUUUUCGAUAUGUUGAGAAAACAUCAGCGGAGUGUAAUGAAGACUCGUAUUUGGCAAUUUUACAUCUCUCAAAAGUAAAUUGCAUUGCAAGUUGCAAGAAAAAUUGCACCGUGUAACAUGGCCUUUACUCUCAUCUGAACAUUCCCAACUAAUAUCCACUCAUUCACAUCCCUCAGAAGAAGGAAAUCGCAGCAAAAAUUGCAAAUGCAAACGGCCUUAAAAUUUUUCAUAUCAAUGCCUUAUCAAACCUGGACACUUAGGUAUGAAUGAAAAGAGUCAGUCAACGCUCUUCCGACAAUUGUGGGUUUUCUCCGGGCGCUCUGAUUUCUUCCCACAGGGAAUGUUGACAGGCCACAUUAAUUCAUUAUAGUAAAUAAUAUAGGACGAAAUUGAAGGAAAACAAUUAAAGCAAGUCUUGCAUUUUCGAUUCAGUUUUGAACCGAGAUUUUCCGAAGUUGACAAGUCUCUCUUUCUCGCUCCGCCUCUCAGUGCUACGUCAUGUAAUGUACACUAUAGUGGAUCGAUAUGACAAUGCAAGAGAGACUUGGAGCAAGUCUAGUCUUAAGGUAGCUGUAGAGGCACCUUUAGUAUGCCUUCGUUUCGAUCGGGUUGAGUCCUUCGUAAUUUUGCUCAUCUCAGUUGCACACGCUAUGGCUACUGCAACCUACCAUGUUUAUAUCAGCAUGGAUAAGUCUCAGUUCUUCGACGUGUGACAUUUUUUCUUGCAAUAAUUGUUCCAUUUCUGAUUGAUAUUCUCUUAAGCAUUUAUCUUCUCGUUCUGUCGUCUCCCAUUCUUGCAUUAACACGUUUUUAAGUCUGUCCAACUCGUCCAUUUUCACCCUAAGACAUUUGAAUUUUAGUAUCAGUAUUGGUUGGUCAACCUCAGAACACUUGUCAAAUUUGCCUUCAAAGUGACGGCACUGUUAUAAAUGACAAGACUAUUGUAUCCCCCUUGCCGUAACCGUGCCGUAACCUAUUGUAUCUCCCAACCUUUCUGGAAAGGUGCACUUGGGUGUAACGUUAGCCGACUGUGUCUAUUGAGAAAUGUCGUUUUAUUCUCUUUCUUUUAUGAAGCCUGGGUUCCAUAUGGUCGUAAUGAUCGUAAAAAUAGAGUCACGGCCAGUUUAUAAUAGUUUAUACCUGUAAACCACAUAUAAAUCAUAAGUAUUCUCUAGUUAUAACCACUCCGCGUAUUUUCAGUUCUAAAAUGUUGUAUUUCGGCUGAUGAGAAAGAUCGUGACUCAAUCUUUACGACCAUAUGUGAUAUGGAAACCAGUGACAACAUUUGUGUGUGAAUGGGCAACCUUAUAUGUAACGAGAGUAAACAUUGAAACAGCAAAAGCUGAUAAACUAUAGUGGGGCCCCCUUUCCUCCACUAUAGUGCAUGGCCCAAAAAAUUAGUGGCCCUCAUUCAUCCAUUAUAGUGGCCCAAUAAACUAGUGGCCCUCAUUAGGUCCUAAACUAGUGGCCUAAUAAACUAGUUGCUUAAGCAAUUUUAGUUAUUUGGUCUGCAUAUCUUGUAAAAUUUUUAUCCGUUGACGGUUUUAUUUGUUUUUGAAAACUGAAAAGUCGCGUUGCCGAAUCGCGUCCGGUCUGUGUGGGCCUUAAAGCACGAGCAUGGCGGAUGCAUGUGGACUCUUGUUAAAAUGCGACUAAUAAUCCUAAAUAAACGCGACUCUUAGCUUAAACAGUAUCACAUAAUCUCAAGUUUGAAUGCCUCGGAUUUUCCGUACAAUAAGAUGUAUAGUAUAAUUAUACAAUAUCACUAAUACCGCACGUGUGAGCUUUUUGUCUGUGCAUGAUUAAAUGACAACAUAUUUUGCGUGGGCCUGCCGUUACCCAGGUUAUAUAAACGUAAAGAAAAACUUUAAUACGCCAGAUUAUGCACGCGACUGCAUGAUUAAUGCAUGUUCACGAUUAAUAUCACAGUAUUUUAAAGUCGGAGAUCACAGGAUCAAACCACUUGUAAAAUAACCAGGGCCCUUCGUCUCGAAACGUCGAAAUUUUUUUAUAUAUUUUUCAGCUGGCACGAUUCUGUAAUCUUCCCGUGUCUUUGCUUCCUACACUUGCAACCCCAAGUUAAGAUUUUAUCAAAGUAUUUUGCUUUGUCGCAAUGCAAAUAAAGUUACGCGAAAUUUGAUUGGUUCGGCUGCCCUUUGCGCUGCGAAUCAUCGUUGAGAAUCGUCCCGUAUAACACCGUCUUCAAUGUAGGACGAUUCUAUCAGCGACUUGCCUCAUGGCUAUUUUUCCCAGGAAAUUGUCCCCGCGCAACUUGCACUCAAAUUUCAACACCGAAACGUAUUCUAUAGAGGUGUAUUCAAAGAGAAAUUAUCAGUCCACGUUUUAUUUCUCCAACGUUUUUCUGUUAUAACAUCCCCCAUUACUCAUAAAACAAUAAAAAGUAAAAUGCUAUUAUAGUAUAGGCUCGCAAUUCUAACAGUUCUUCACUAAAUAUUUCUAAAAUUUAUAACGGCAGUGUAUUGGAAAUUUGGUGAAUAAUCCAUCAAAAGUUUAACAGUUCAAGUUUUAUAACCAACUGGUUUACUUAAUAACUGUAGCUAAGGAUGAGUUUCCUCUCCUUCUAGAAUCAUUCUGUUGGGAUUAAAGUUAAAGGUUUCUUGUACCGCAACACUGGAAUGGUAAGAGAUUCGUACGAGUUUUAGAUAGCGCUUUAG